AUGGAUCCUCCUUCUCAGGAUUUAGGAGAUGGCUCCUCUACGAAUAAACGGUCGAUCGGCAUUGAAACCGCAGGGCGCAAGAAGUUCAAAACCGAGGACCUGCCCUUCACUCCCGUGCAACAUGCAGCGAUGGACAAACUCCGCCAUGCGUUCAAGAAGAAGGGUUAUUUUGAUCUUGUUCGCAAGCAGCUCUGGACUGGAUUCAAUGAGGGUGAACCCAGGACCAUGUUUACUAAUGAGCUGCUCGCACUCGCUGAAUCGGAAAUUGAUCGCGAACCAGCCCUGCUUUCCCGCGAGAGAGGAAAAGCCGCGACACUGAUUGAAGGAGCUGUUGAUCGUGGCGAUGUCUACAAGAAUGUGGAGAAUUCGAUCGAUCAGCUUGCACUACAACACGCCGACUUCAUCCUCGAUUCCCUCCGCGAAAUCCGCCGUCAAGAAGUUGGGGAGGAGGCUGCCGCGCGCGAACUUGAGUCAGGAAACAAGACCGAUGCCGAAUACGACGCCCUUGUGAAAAUCGACCAUGAUAGGCGGGAGAAAAUAUGGCAGGAAGAGAGGCGCAAAGAGAUGGAGCUCGAGGAAGAGCAGAAGCGGAUCAAGGAUGAAGAACUCCGCAAAAAGCGCGAACUUGAUCGACUGAAGGAAGAUGAAGACAGGGCCCGGAGAAAGGAGAUCGACGAACAGAGAAGGGCUGACCGUGAACGCCUACGCGAAGAACAACGAGCCCUUGAUGACCAGCGCGAAAGAGAACGACAAGAACGAUACGAGCGACGGAGGCGAGAAGACCGGGAUCGGGACCGUUACUGGGACCGUGACCGCAGCCGAACCCGCGAUAGGGAUCGUUUCCGCGAUCGUUCUCCUGACUAUCGCCAGGACCGCAACCUGUCUCCUCGGGCCCGGGAUAUUAAACGCGAGAAGUCAGCCGCUUCAAAAGACCCGACUCCUGCUCCGGUGGACGAAAAGUCAUUGGAAGAGGCUGCUCUGCAGAUGCUCCUGAAAGAAGGCGAAGAGCUCGCAGCUAAGGCUCGGAUGAAGCCAGAGUUUGAUUUCGAAGAGGCUGAAGCCAUUGAAAAUGGCCUGAAACCGGCGCCAGCGGCGACCAAGAGUGCCAAUGACAAGUACUCACGUGCCUCAACUAGAGCGGCCAGCCCGUCCCGCGAUUCUGAGGCAAGGCGCGGUUCAACCACAGAUCGUAGGGAGCGGUCUCGGCAUCUGAUGCGUGAUCGGAGCCGGAGUCGUUCGCGGCGACGACGCACAUCUCUUAUUGAUCGCCGUGACCGGUCCCGGGACUCUCUCGUCGGAGCCGUAGCCGCUCCGUUGCCCGACGUGAUCGAGCACCGUCUAAAGACCAUGACCGGGACACUGACCGACGACCUGAGCGCAGCCGCGAGCGAGAACGAGAAUACGAAACUUACCGUCCUAGACGACGAAGCCCUCGACCUUCUCGUUCACCUGUGCGUCGAGGUUCACGCAGCCGUCGCUCACGAAGCCGUUCUCGUUCUCGCCCUCGAGUCAGGGCCCGAGACCGUUCUCGAUCCGGUUCAAGAUCUGCUCGACGCCGUUCACGCUCUCGACGUCGCUCUCCUUCACCGACUCUUGAUAUUGACCGCUAUGUACCUUCCACGAGCAACCGAAGCAAAUCACCUAGGCGCCGGGUGCGAACCCCGGAGAGAGAACGAGAACGGGACCAGCGACCACGAAUGGGCGAUAUUGACCGGUACAUGCCGCCUUCUGGGCGAGACGACGAAGCGGCUCCAAUAA